UCAAUCGGUCGUUCGUUGGCGCUAUAUCGAAGGUCCGGAUCGUACCGCUUUUCCAUUCGACGUUUUUUGCACGAGUUUUUUCCAUACGUAUUUGUUCAUUGACAAAAACUCAAGCUGCGCUCUGUGCGUGCGUAUGUGUGCGUCCGUGUGUGUGUAAGCGCUCGUAUUAGUGUGAGUGCGGUGCUUUGUGUGCAGAAUAAUUUUUGCAAACAUUAUGUAAAUGCGCAAAUUAAAGUUCAAUCGACGCCAGUUUUGAGUCCGAAACCAGAUCGCUUUGCUUCAAGUGACACGGAGCAACAGUUUUUUGGCUUAUUUCGAAAAAUACUCAUAGAACUCCCACACUAAUACACACAGGAUCUCAAACGAUCCGGCGGAUAUAGCUUUGCCGUUACAAGAAAUCAAAAAUGGCCACGACAGCGGCCGCAAUGGCCGCCACCAGUGUUGUUGUUCUGGAUCGCGGCAACAACACAACCUGCACCAUCAACUUGCACGGUGCCACAGUCGUGUCCUGGCGUGUAAACAAUCAGGAGCAGUUGUUUGUCAGCAAACUGGCAUCGUUCGAUGGCAAGAAGGCGAUACGUGGCGGGAUUCCCUUUGUCUUUCCUCAGUUCGGUGCUUGGUCCUUCGGUCCGCAACAUGGAUUUGCGAGGAUUACUAGGUGGCAUCUGGAGAGACCUCCGGACAGGCUGCAUAAUGGAGAUGUCGAGGCCAUAUUCUCGCUGAUGGACAACGACUUCACGCGCUCCAUUUGGAACUAUCAGUUCCGUAUUACCUACCGUCUGAUCCUGCGCGAAAAGGAGCUCCACUUCCACAUCGGCGUCUACAAUCCCAGCAAGGAGCUGAGCUUCACAUUCAAUAUGCUGCUGCACACCUACCUAAAGGUUCCCGACGUGCGGCGGUGUCAGAUCACAGGACUCCAGGGAUGUCACUUCAUCGAUAAGACGCGGGAGAAUUCUCUGUACCAAGAAGGACGCGAAGUGGUGACCGUCAACGAGUGGACCGACAGGAUCUACCAACACACACCGCAAGAGCACGUCAUCACGAACGUGGUUUCCGGCCGGAAAAUGAGACUACACAAGUACAACUUUCCCGACACGGUUAUCUGGAAUCCCUGGGUUGAUCGGUCGCGUGAGAUGAGUGACUUUGGGGACGAUGAGUUCCCCAACAUGUUGUGCGUGGAGGCGGGCAAUGUGACCUCGCCGGUGAUUCUGCUGCCGGGCACCGCCUUUGAGGCCAGCCAGAUCCUUCAGACCCGUUUCCCCCUCCCAGCAAUUCAAGUGCCCCUAUACUAUAAACUCAUCCAACUGGAAGGGCAAUCUAUCAAAUUUUUUACAAUACGACUAGAGUCGCUUAAUCCACCUCCAUAUUCCAAUUCAAAUUCUUUACUUUGCAUGCUAUCAGAUCAUCAUCGAGGGCAAUGUUAGUCGCAAGACCAAGCGGAAUCGCUAGCGUUUAAAGAAUCGGAACCCGAUGAGGUAAACCGAUUCGCAACAAUUUCAAAGCGCACUUUUCCACUGAGAUCCUGGUGAGGAGGAUCAGCAUCAGGAGGCGAAGGAGAAGGAGAACCAGGAGAAACAUCAAACAUUUUGGUUUUCCCGCACGGUCCUUAGACUCUAAUCUAUUUCCUAAGUAAUCGUAAAACCCUCUCUAGCAAUAUGUGUUGUGCAAAGAAUUAGAAAGGAAUGUACACCUAAUAACUUUGUUUACCAUCCUUAGUUUGUGCCUACUGGAAGUCGAUAAGCAGAUUUGAGAUUCCAAGCCAGGGGAAACCCUAAAGUAUAAUGUGCAUUGAUAGUUAUUAAAUCAGGUUUUAUGAAGCAGGAAGUUGGGGGUCAAGAAAUCGCGACUUUUGAAUUAAGAAACAUUUCCUUGCAAAACUUUAACGAUUCCUUAUGAAGAAGCACUAAAGUUAUCCUUCCUCAUUGUGAUGACCUCACUUUCUGCUUCAGAAUCUUACUUAUCGCAAAUAUAGAUGAACUAAACAAAUGCGUAAAGGGUUGCUCGCUCUGGUCAGUACCCGUUUAUAAAAGUGUAUACGAUUGAUAAUAGAUAACUUACAUAAUGUUUUAAACCUAAUAUGUGUAAAAUACUAAAAGCAAUUAUCUGUACCAAUUAAUUUAAUAAACUAUACAAUUAAAUAUAAUUGUAUUUAUAAUAUCAA